UAAUCAUAUAAUAUGUUAUCUAUGGAUAUAACCUCAACUAAAUGUUAAUACUAAUACUAAUAGGUUAAAUUUGCAUGCCUUGAAAAAUUUAAAUAAAUAAGUGUAUUAAAAUGUUUAAAAACACUUUAAAUUUAUUUCAAAAAUGCAGAUUUGGAGUGACGUUAACAAGAGUUAAUGAUGUGCAAUUCAAAAAUUUAUAUUCACAAGCUGCAUUAGGGAUAGAUAAUUAUGUUAGAAACAGAGAAAGAAUACAGGGCCAAUUUACAAAUAUGUUAGAUACAUUUAAAAGUAAGAUGUCUGAUUUCGUGGUACCAUCAUCGAUGAAUAUGAUAUUUACAGAAGAUUUAAAAAAUAUGAUACAUGUAGCCGAAUCAAAUUCUCAUGAUAUUGAUUUAGUUGUAAAAAUGAUGAUUAAAUUUAACAAACAAAACAAGGAUUUGCGUUUUGGGAGCUUCGUUUUUGGACCCGUAGUAAUGAGGAUGUUUCAUUACUUAGAUGAUCCCAACACUGCUUUACAGUGUUUUUUAGACCCUGAAUUAGCCGGCUUUUUUGAUCAAGUUUCAAGUUAUCAAAUUCUCAUGGAUCUCCUAUUAGAACAUGAUAGAUAUGAAGAUAUAUUAAAGGUUUAUGAUCAUGUGAAAAAACAACAAAUUCAAGGUUUGCGUCAUCCAAAAAAUAUUGUUGUACUUGUUUGUGCUGCUUGUUACAAAAAGAAUACAGAAGAAAGUUUCAAAUAUGCUUGUGAAUUUUGGGCAGAAUUAAUAUCUGUUGGUCAUCAACCCAUGAGAAGGGCAGCUACGUUUGUAGCAAGUCUUGCUUUGAACCACAAUAAUCCAAAUGUUGCUUUAGAAGUUCUCUCAAAUACAAAACAACAAAAUUAUAUGACUGUGAGAAAUUUGAAGGCUGUGGCAUUAGCUCAAUUGGGUCGCCAUGAAGAUGCUUUAGGUUUAUUAAGAUCUGUUGUAAAUACUGAUAGUACUCUAGACAAAAAGGGGACUUUUGCCAAAGAUUCUAUAGAAAAAAUAAGUAUGAUCAUUAAAUCAACAAAUAACAAAGAUUUAGUUAAUGAAUUUACCAGUAUAGAAAAGUAUUUGAUUGAAAAUGGUCACCUGACCGAUGAUUCCCUUCAUGAUUUAUUGAAUUCGGAGAUAGCACUUGUUCAACAAAAUCUGAACAGAAAUGCUAUGUAUCAACAUAACAUAAAAAUGCAAAAUUACUACAAAGGAAAUUCUGGCAAUUACAAUAAAUUUAAUAAUAAUAAGUUAAGAAGACCUGGUAUAACUGACAUGUAUUAAUCAAGGAAUUAAUUUAGAAUUAUUUUGUAAUAAGCAAAUAUAGAUGAAACCACUUUUAUUAAUCCAAUCAUUAUUUUAUUUCAUU